UCACACGCCGCAACUGCGCCCGUCGGAGGAAAAGUACGUCAUCGGCAUCACUCCCCCGCCCUCAUGGGCGACCGCGUUCCGGCGGGAGAGGAAGAGGCCGGCAGGACCAACUGGAAACGGCGGCCGUGGUGACGUAGCGGGAGAGGGGUGCGCGCCUGGAACCAAGAAGGGAAGUGACGUUAAAAGAGCGGGGCCGUCACCAGCAUCAACCAGUGGAGGAGUGUUGACAACGGUGCGGCGCGGAUCAGGUUGUUCUAAAACCCAGACCUCUUCAAAGAGAGCUUGGCUGAUUCAUUUGUAUUUUCAUUGGGAAGCCACUGUCAACUGGACAUCAUGAAGAAACAUUUUACAUAACUUAGAUUGGAAAUCAUGGCAUCUUCAGCAAGCCUAGAUGUUGGGGCCCAGUUAAUUGUGGAUGAGUGUACCAACAGCUACAGUCUGUCGCAUAUGCCAGACAUUAAAGUAGAGCACCAACUUGACUCUAACCCAGAGGAAGGCCCAGCUCAGGGCGUUGCCAUGGGAAUGAAAUUUAUUUUGCCCAAUAGAUUUGAUAUGAACGUCUGCUCUCGAUUUGUGAAGUCUUUGAACGAAGAAGAUAGUAAAAAUAUUCAAGACCAGGUUAACUCUGACCUCGAAGUGGCUUCUGUCUUAUUCAAAGCUGAAUGCAACAUCCAUACUUCCCCUUCCCCGGGAAUUCAAGUAAGACAUGUGUACACUCCAUCGACAACUAAACACUUUUCACCCAUAAAACAAUCAACUACCUUAACUAACAAGCAUAGGGGAAAUGAGGUCUCUACCACACCUCUGCUUGUAAAUUCUCUGUCUGUUCACCAGCUUGCUGCCCAGGGGGAAAUGUUGUAUUUGGCUACACGCAUUGAACAAGCAAACAGACAGCCAAUAGGAACAGCAGAAAAUGUAAUCAACCAUAAGGAUGAAGAAGGAUUUACCCCCCUGAUGUGGGCUGCAGCUCAUGGGCAGAUAGCAGUUGUAGAAUUUCUGCUUCAAAACGGUGCAGACCCUCAAAUUCUGGGGAAGGGGCGAGAGAGUGCCCUGUCAUUGGCCUGUAGUAAGGGGUACACGGAUAUUGUCAAAAUGCUGCUUGAUUGUGGAGUUGAUGUGAAUGAGUAUGACUGGAAUGGAGGCACACCUCUGCUCUAUGCUGUGCAUGGAAACCAUGUGAAGUGUGUAAAAAUCCUAUUGGAAAAUGGCGCCGACCCAACUAUUGAGACCGACUCUGGCUACAAUUCCAUGGAUUUAGCUGUUGCUUUGGGCCAUCGGAGUGUUCAACAGGUCAUUGAGUCUCAUUUAUUGAGACUCCUUCAGAGUAUCAAGGAGUAACAGCCUGUUACAAAUAGAAACAUUGUUCUCUUCCUGAAGAUUUGGACAGGUUUAUAAUCCCCAUAAUCAUGUGGUAAACACUUGUUUACUCUUUUAACUUUACCUCAGUCAACGUUUUUGCUGUUUUUAAUAAGAUUUUAAUACAUGUUCCUUCAUGUAUCUCAUGGGUGUUCAUAAAAGUCUGUGAUUGAUUUAACCUUUUUUAACUGUAUUUUAUGUAACUUUAAAAGAAAAUGUAAGUUAAUAUUGUGUUGCAUGCAACCCUUCUGGGCAGAUGCGUAUAAUCGUAGAAAUGUUGAUGUUAAAUGUAGUAAUUGCAUUGUACAUAGCAUUCCACCUGAUCAUGUAGUUAAUAUUAUAUCCACAUACAGAAUUUGUUGAGAUUUUUUUAGGCGUAUUGCCAUAAAAGACAAGCUCCUUUACUGUUCACAGUAUAAAAUCGUGCAAAAUGUGGUUGUUUACAGAAUAUUCUGCAGUAAAAAUUAAAACACUUUAUCA